AUGUCUCUACGCGGCCAGUGCACCAUUUGUUACUCAGCAUUCACUCCGACAACAGUCUCCGCUUUGCCAUGUGGACACACUUUUCACGCGCGGUGCAUCGGGAAGUGGCUAGAUACACCUGGUCGAGGAUGCCCGAAUUGUCGGAGAAAAUGUCGCGCAAAAGAUGUUACUCGCAUAUUUUUCGAGAAUGGCGGCUUGAAUGAUACUUUGAACGGGACAACACCGAAGAGUGGCGAAGAAGCUCUACUGGCGAAAAACAAAGCCUUAAAAGCUCGUUUGAAUGAUGUUACUGCUGAAUCGAAUCGAAAAAACAAGGCCUUAAAGGAACUGCUUCAAGCGAAACAUUUGGCCCUUGACGCAGAAAAGAAGAAAUGUCGUGAAAUGGCACAAGAUCUGGAAGCGAAGAAGAAAAGGCUUUCUGAACUUGAAAUUGGAGUCGGUCAAGGUCACCUCCUCGUUGGUUCUGGGUCGCUCGAGUUUGCCAUUUGCUUCAAAAGGUCUAGCUCUCUUCAAAGAAAAAGCGAGGUUCUGAAAGCCAAAAAGAAGUCCACGAUCUGCAUCAAAUCCAACGUCGUCACCUCUUUUGAA